CAUUUACACGUGCUAAUCCUGUCUCGGAAAGCACGAGCUCAGGUCUGAACCAAUGAAAUCAAGGCUUUGUUUUGUGGCUAUAAAGUCGUGUCUACGUGUAGAUCAAAUCGUCGGAGGGACGUCUGUUCAGGAGUGGGAAUUGGCCAAGAUGAAAUUCACGACUGUUUUGAUUCUUUUAGGGACGGCAGCAUUUGCCUAUGGGACAAAACGAAACGCACGGCCAUUCCUUUCACAGCUGUUAGGUUCGUUGCAGCUCCACAAACGCACACCGCAGGGUAACGAAGCAGGACCUCGCCCAUACAGCACCCCGGAAUCGGAGACGAAUGCCCAUGAGGCGAGAUAUGCUUCAUCCCAAGGUCAGAACGGCAACGCUAAACCCACCGGAAAACCUUAUCCCUCUGGUAAACCCUUUACUGGUAGACCUGUCACCGGCAAGCCCUUUACAGGCGGGCCCUAUACCGACAGGCCCUUUACAGGCGGGCCCUUUACAGACGGGCCCUUUACAGGUGGGCCCUAUACCGACAGGCCCUUUACAGGCGGGCCCUAUACCGAUGAGCCGUUUACUGGAGGACCCUUUACCAAUGAGCCGUUCACAAAUGUUCCAGAAACGCAAAAUGAAAGAGAACUCUCACAGAUUCUACAUCGCCUUCGUAAAAUACUGGAUCAACAGAGCAAAUCAUUUACUACUAACAAUGUACUGUCGACCACUCCAACAACUAAACCUGACGAUGACGAUGAUAACAAGGAUGACGAUGAUAACGAUGACAAGGAUCACAUCAGGGACCUGAUGGAGUGCUGGUUGAGCGAUAUAAUGGGAGAUGUCUUUAAAGGAUUCCCGAGUGGCCCGAUCAGAAAAAACCUGACGAUUGAUGGAGCUGACGUCCACUACAUCCUGUCGAGGGCGAUUCGACAGUUUCAACUUUCGGAUGGCGAGAUGGACCAAGUCCUUAAGAGUAUGGUCAGAGGUUUGGUUAAAACUGUUAUACUGCCUCACGGUACAUGCCCAGCUACCAAGUUUCACCAAGUUAUCGUAUGGGCAAUGAAAUCAUUAUUAAAGUACCACCUUUCCAACGACACUGGAAGUUUGAAGGAACAGUUCAAGGCCGUGCUCACGACCUUCAACUUUGACCCAAAUAAUAGAGACACAGUUGCGACUUACAUGGUUUCGGAACUGCAUCAUCACCUACUUAGAGAGGCCAUCCGCUUUUUAAAAUUUCAACUCUUUAGUGAUUUCCUCGAUCCCAUUGAAUACAUCGUUGAGGAGAUGGUACCAAUGUUUGAAGCCCCGCGGAGUAAUUCCCACAUAGAUGCUUUGCUUCGUAAAGUUGGAGAGAAAUUCCCCUGGUUACGGACUUGCAUCACUCCGAGGAGACUGGCCGAAAUGCAUCUCGAUAUGGUCAACGAAAUCAAUGUGUUUGUAAAAAACGAAGAAAUUGGCAAAUUCCUGGAUAGAGCAAAAGCCACUUUGAAGGAGGAGUUCCUUUUGUCUACCGGAAGUGAACAGAUAUCGUUAGUACAGCAGCUCGUCCUCACCCUGGAGACACACAUCUGGUCAUUUGUUAACGGGUCUAACGACUACGUCGAGGUAUUACUAACUAGUGACGCCAGCCGACUGACAACCGCACUAGCCCCUUUGAUGAGUUCAUCACAGCAAGCCUACGUCCAACGGAUCCUCACAAAACUGAGCCCACUGAACAUCCGAACUUCUCCGGCACCUGUGACCAAGACAUCGACUGUAAACAGUGUGAACACCAUCCCGUCACCAACGGCUAACGUACAGAGACGACACGGAUAGCGUGAAGGACUGGGAGACGACAGACGAGAAACACUGUUGAUUGUUAUCCUCUUUGUUGUAUUGUUUGUUGAUUAAAAUGUUAAUGAUUGUUUUAA